CACCUUUAGGUGGCUGCUUUGAUUGCAGCGCCCGGCGCCGGCACGUAGCCCGCUGGUCCCGCUCCCCCGCGGCUGUUGCAUAAUGUCUUCUGAUUCCGGGAGAACUGAUGUUUUGGUAGGGAAGGGCGCCGGGGCCCGAGCCUCUUCGGGCGGGAAGAUGCUCUUUACCCCCGUCCCUUAGCCGGGGCCGGCGGCGCGGGGCAGAGGACGGCGUUGAGUAAUGCGGAUGGUGUUGGUUUGCUCGCUGAGAAAGGGCUGGUGGCGUGAACGGUGACGGCAUUCGGAGAAUGCCUGCUCGGCGUUUGUUUGUGUCAGCGGCUGUGUCUGCACAGACGUUUUCCACCCUGUUUGUCGUCAGCGUGUUUUACAAGCCCUCGGGAAGGUUGUGGGAUUUGUCCUUUCAUACAUUGCAUAAUCUGCCCACGGCGAAAGGUUGGCCAGGAUUACGGGCUGAUAUGGGAAUGUGCGCGCGUGUGCGCAAUGAUUUGGUAAUUUUAGCGUAGCACUGGAUAUUAGAUCGUUAUUUACGUCUAUAUUACUUCCCAAAUAAACACGUUUUAAAACGAUCCUACAAAGCAUAAAAGGAAGAAUUCCUCGGGUUGAAUUCUGAUCUCGGGUACUACUGGGGUUCGCCCUUUGGGUGUUCCAGAGCUGUUAUUUUUGAAUCUGGGACGAACCAUUGUGACGUUUGCCUCCCCACCUUCCUAAUUUUAAUGCAUGCCAUUCGAUCAGCCCUUUUUCUCACCUUAUUGUCAUUGCUUUUUCAGACACGACAAGACAGAUCACAUAAUAGUUUCCUGGAAAUGUUGCAUUAUGUAACUGCCAAAUUUGCUGGCAGUGAGCAUAGAGAGAGGGAGAUAACCAAGAAGACCCUACUCCAUUCAAUAAGAGGAGCCUGACGGAUUUAUCCCGAACAGUAGAACAAAAGAAAGAAUAUUGAUGGAUUUUAAACCACAGUUUUUGAAGAGGUUGAGAAUACUGGGAAAAUAAUUCGUUCUCCUAUACCGCAUAUAUAGGGUAAGGUGGUUUCUGAUGCAGCUGAGAAAAAUGCAGACCAUCAAAAAGGAGCAGGCAUCCCUUGAUGUUAGUAGCAGUGUGGACAAGAUGAUGGUGCUGAAUUCUGCUUUAACGGAAGUGUCUGAAGACCUGACUGCUGGUGAAGAGCUACUUCUGAGUGAAGGAAGUGUGGGGAAAAACAAAUCUUCUGCAUGUCGGAGGAAACGGGAAUUCAUUCCCGACGAAAAGAAAGAUGCUAUGUAUUGGGAAAAAAGGCGGAAAAAUAACGAAGCUGCCAAGAGAUCUCGUGAGAAGCGUCGACUGAAUGACCUGGUUUUGGAGAACAAACUAAUUGCACUGGGAGAAGAAAAUGCCACUUUAAAAGCUGAACUGCUUUCACUAAAAUUAAAGUUUGGUUUAAUUAGCUCCGCAGCAUAUGCUCAAGAGAUUCAAAAGCUCAGUAAUUCCACAGCUCUGUACUUCCAAGACUACCAGACUUCCAAACCCAGCGUGGGCUCCUUCGGGGAUGAGCACGAGCCCUCGGUGGCGGCAAGUAGUUGUAUUUCCGUCAUCAAACACUCUCCACAGAGCUCUCUGUCUGACGUCUCCGAGGCCUCCUCGGUAGAACACACGCAGGAGAGUCCCGGGCAGGGAAGCUGCGGAAGUCCUGAGAGCAAGUUCCAAGUCAUCAAGCAAGAGCCGCUGGAGCUGGAGAGCUACGCUAGGGAGCCGAGAGACGACCGGGGCUGCUACGCGGCGUCCAUCUAUCAGAACUACAUGGGGAGCUCUUUCUCUGGCUACUCACACUCUCCGCCGCUGCUGCAAGUCAACCGCUCCUCCAGCAACUCCCCAAGAACAUCGGAAACCGACGACGGUGUCGUGGGAAAGUCAUCCGAUGGAGAAGAUGAGCAGCAGGUCCCCAAGGGCCCCAUCCACUCUCCAGUCGAUCGUAAACGUGUGCAUCCGAUGGUGGUUAAAGUUCCGGAAGUGAAUUCCUCUGCCUUGCCACACAAGCUUCGCAUCAAAGCCAAAGCCAUGCAGAUCAAAGUAGAAGCAUUUGAUAAUGAAUUUGAUGCCACACAAAAACUUUCCUCACCUAUUGACAUGACAUCUAAGAGACAUUUCGAACUCGAAAAGCAUAGUGCCCCAAGUAUGGUACAUUCUUCUCUCACUCCUUUCUCAGUGCAGGUGACUAACAUUCAAGAUUGGGCUCUCAAAUCGGAGCACUGGCAUCAAAAAGAGCUGAGUGCCAAAACUCAGAGUAGUUUCAAAACUGGAGUUGUUGAAAUUAAAGACAGUGGCUACAGAGUUUCUGACUCAGAGAAUUUGUAUUUGAAGCAGGGCAUAGCAAACUUAUCUGCAGAGGUUGUCUCACUCAAGAGACUUAUAGCCACACAACCAAUCUCUGCUUCAGACUCUGGGUAAAUUACUACUGAGUAGGAGCCGGGCAUUUAGAAAGAUGUCAUUUGCAAUAGAUCAGUACGUUUUGUAUUAUGCUGAAUUUUCACUGGACCUGUGAUGUCAUUUCACUGUAAUGUGCACAUGGUGUCUGUUUGGUGUCUUUGUGUGCACAACUUAUGAUGAAGAUUAGAUUGUGUUAUCACUCUGCCUUGUGUAUAGUCCAUGCAAAGGCUGUAUAUAGUGAACAUUAUUUUUGUUGUUCUGUUAUAAAGUGUGUAAGUUACCAGUUUCAAUAAAGGAUUGGUGACAAGCACAGA